AUGCCUGGCUGUCACAUCAGUGGCUUGAUGAAGCCUGAGGAAGAACAUCAGGCACCAAGAGAUGAAAGAGAUGAACCUGUCCCGGAAUUUGGACAGCUGAACUGGAAUGAUGAGGAAGACUCCAGCUCCUUGUCCUCAUCCUGCUCCUGCUCCUCCUGGUCCUCAUCGGAUGUCUUGUCAUCCUCCUCCUCUAACCUCUCCUUGUUCUAUUCCUCGCUCUCUCCCUCCUCUCUCUCGGAUCUGGAAGUUACUGAAGAGGAGGUUUCUGGGGAACUCAUCGUUCCCCCAAACAUCUCCAGUCCAGUCCCCUCUCCCUGCUCUGGGGACAACACUGCAGAGAUGCAGGCCCAGGGGGAGAGCUCCAGCCACGCUGGAGAGGGGCCGAGUAGCGUGCAGGGGGCAGAAGUCUCUGAGCCAUGUGGCCUUGAGGUGUUGUAUGGGAAGGUGGCUGAGAUGGUGGGGCUCCUGAUGCUCAAGUAUAUCUCUCAGGAGCUCCUCUCCGAGGCAGACAUGCUGAGUGUCGUGUGCCCUGAUGAGCCCGAGCUCUUGCCCGUCCUCUUCCCGCAGGCCCGUGAGUGUUUGCAGCUCACCUUUGGCAUUGAGGUGGUGGAAGUGGAUCCCCAGCAGCACACCUAUGUCCUGGUCACUGCCGUGGGCUUUCGCCACGCCGAGGCUGCAUGCUCCGACUCUGGCCUGCUGCAGAGCUGCCUGCUGCUUUUCAUUUUGGGCGUCAUCAUUCAGGAGGGUGACUGCGCCUCGGAGGAGGCCAUCUGGAGUGCACUCAGUAUGCUUGGCUUGCAGGCUGGGGAGCAGCACGCCAUCUUUGGGGAUCCCAGGGAGCUCCUCAGCAAAGUAUGGGUGCAGGAGCAGUACCUGGAGUGCAGGCAGGUGCUGGGCAGUGAUCCCCCACGCUCUGUGUUUCUGUUGGGCCCCAGCGCCCAUGCUGCCACACACAAGGUGAAAGUCCUAGAGUUCUUGAUUAGUGCCAGGAGCAGGGCUCAGGACUCUUUCCACCUGCUCGAUGAGACUGAGCAGGAGGAGUCGCCUGAGCUGGGGUUGCAGAGCGUUGAGAGAGCAGGGCGGGAUUAG